UUCGGCAGAAGUAUUUAGUAGCAAAAUAAAAGAUAAAAAAUAAGAAAAUCGACAGAAAUUACCUGAAAUAAAAAGCGAAAAAAGUGUACAAUCGAAUCAAUGCCUAAAUUUUACAAAAUAGAAAUAAACAAAACAGAAUGGGAGAUCCCGGAACGGUACAAAAACCUCACUCCAAUUGGAAGCGGAGCCUACGGUCAAGUAUGCUCUGCUGACGACACCGUCCAUAACAUCAAAGUGGCAAUCAAAAAGCUUGCGAGGCCCUUCCAAUCAGCGGUGCAUGCAAAACGGACCUAUCGCGAACUGCGGAUGUUGAAGCACAUGAACCACGAGAACAUUAUUGGGCUCCUAGACGUCUUUCAUCCGGGCGGCGAUACCAUCGACAGUUUCAAACAAGUUUACAUGGUGACGCACUUGAUGGGCGCCGACCUCAAUAACAUCAUUCGAACCCAACGACUUUCCGAUGAUCAUGUACAAUUUUUGGUGUACCAAAUUCUGCGAGGGCUCAAGUACAUUCAUAGUGCGGGUAUUAUUCAUCGGGACCUUAAGCCAUCCAAUAUUGCCGUCAAUGAGGAUUGCGAGCUCAAAAUUUUGGAUUUUGGACUUGCGAGACCGACGGAGAAUGAAAUGACGGGAUAUGUUGCUACGAGAUGGUACCGCGCUCCCGAAAUCAUGCUCAACUGGAUGCACUACAAUCAAACGGUCGACAUCUGGUCCGUUGGAUGCAUCAUGGCAGAAUUGCUGACGAGUCGAACGCUGUUUCCCGGCACAGAUCAUAUUCAUCAGCUAAAUUUAAUUAUGGAAAUAUUAGGGACGCCGAAAGAUGAAUUUAUGGCAAAAAUUUCAUCUGAAAGUGCUCGCAACUACAUCAAAUCGUUACCAAUCAUGAAAAAGCGUAAUUUUAGUGAUGUUUUUCGUGGUGCUAACCCUCAAGCUAUUGACUUACUCGAAAAAAUGCUGGAAUUAGAUGCGGACCGGAGGAUAACUGCAGAACAGGCUCUUGCACAUCCGUAUUUGGAAAAGUACGCAGACCCAAGUGACGAGCCGACAUCGUCUUUGUACGAUCAGAGCUUUGAGGAUAUGGAUUUACCGGUGGAUAGUUGGAAGGAAUUAGUCUUCAAAGAAGUGAUCAACUUCGUACCACAGCCCAACGCAUUCGGAGGUAGUGAACAAGCUGCUGCGCAAUCUUAAUUAUUUAUGACUUCCGUACAAGACCAAACUUCGUGAGAAUCUUAUCUGAUUGAAGCAGAUAUUUAAAAAAAAUGUCACGAGUUGUUUUGAAUUUUUUCAAACGAAUGAAUGAAAAUUGAACUAAUUUCUAAAAGAAAAUCAACUAUAAUGGCAAUAAUUUAAAAUUAUUUUAAAAUGAAGAAAAAAAAAAUAAGUUUAAGAAAAAAACUAAUUGAAAUUUGAUGAAGUAGAUUCUAACUUUUACUAUAAAAAUACGCCUACCUAGACUUUAAGAGCUUCUAAUUGAAAUAAAUUUGUUGAGUCAGUGUUUCAGGUCAGGGUUUACCAAGCUUAUGAAUUUUUAAACAAACUACUUAGAUUAUAAAAAACAAAACAAAACACAGUACUAAAAUUGUUAUUUACUAUUUUAAAGUGAAAUAAAUUAUGAAAGAAGAUUAUUUUGAAAGAAUUUUA